AUGUUUAUGGAAAAAUCUUGUUCCCAUAAAAAUGCCCAAAUAGGAGUUUGCUAUGGUCGAAUGGCUGACAAUCUACCACCACCAGCCGAAGUCGUCGCCCUCUACAAGCAAAACAACAUCACCAGAAUGAGAAUGUAUAGUGCUGAUCAAGAUGUUCUUACCGCCCUGAGAGGCUCAAAUAUUGAGCUUGUGCUUGACCUCCCCAACUCUGACCUCCAGUUUGCUGCCGCCAGUCAGGCCAACGCUGAUGCUUGGGUUAACACUAACGUCAAAUCAUAUAUUGAUAACGUACGCAUUCGGUACAUUGCUGUCGGUAACGAAGUUAAACCUUCUGAUCCACUUACUCCUUCCCUCAUUCCCGCUAUUAAGAACAUCCAGAACGCCGUCAACUCGGCUGGUCUUAGUGACAGAGUCAAGGUCUCCACAGCUACGUUCAUGGCCUUCCUCGGUGAAUCCUAUCCGCCAUCAGCAGGUGUAAUCAGUGCCGAGUACAUGCCAAUUAUGGGUCAAAUCAUUAAUAUAUUGAACGAGAAUAAAGCUCCAUUUUUAGUUAAUGUCUACCCUUACUUUAGUUAUAAGUAUAAUGCUGAUGUUAUCAGUCUUGAUUAUGCUCUACUUAAACCAUCAGCCCCGAUUAAUCCUGACCCACCAUUACAGUACAAUAACUUAUUUGACGCUAUGGUCGACGCUGUCCACUCAGCAUUGGAGAAGGCCGGUGGUGGAUCUCUAGAGGUUGUCGUGACAGAAUCUGGCUGGCCAACAGCUGGUGAUAUAGGAGCAAGUUUUGAGAAUGCACAAACUUACAAUAACAAUCUAAUUCAGCAUGUGAAACAAGGGACGCCUAAGAAGCCGGGAAAGCCUACAGAGACUUACUUGUUCGCCAUGUUUAAUGAAAGAGGAAAAGAGCCUGAAGUUGAAAAGAAUUGGGGGCUUUUUUUCCCAAACAAAGAGCACAAAUAUCCAGUAAACUUUGUCUAA